AGCGCCUUCCCUGUGGACAUCGACGAGAUUCACACAGUGGCGGCGUUGAAGGACGCGAUCUGUGCAGCGAAUCCAGCGAUCAUCGCAUGUGAAGCACAAGGCCUGCAGCUUUUCCUGGCGAAAAGGGGCGGCAAGUGGCUGAGUGAGACUCGAGCAGCGGCUGCUGUGGCGCUAGACAACCUUGGAUACCCUCGCGGCUUCGAGCACAUGAAUCCCUUUUCGUCGCUGAAGAACGACGCGUGUUUCGGAGAGAAGUUUCAGCCGAUGAAGGGUCAAAUUCACGUCCUGAUCGUGGUGCCG